AUGGCCGAGAAGAUUGUGUCCGACGACCAGGAGGUCGUUGCGCACGCUGAAGCUCCCAGCAAGAUUGAGGAUGGCGUCGAUGACGCUGCCGCCCAAAAGGUGGACGUUGCGAAGCAGCUCGCUGCCAAUGAAGAGGGCGAGAUUCGCAACCCCCUGAAGAACAUUCCCCGUGAGCAGCUCCUCGCGGACGUUGCCCGCUUCCGCGAGGAGAAGGGCCUUCCCGAGGACAUUCUUCCCUACCUUCAGAAGGGCGCCCUGGUGGCAAAGAACCCCGCCCGCUUCGAGUCUCUUGAGGAGCUCGAUGAGACCGACAAGGAGCACAUCCGCAACGAGGUCCUCCACCGCUGGAGACACCCGUGGGCCCUGUACUACACAAUUGUCCUGAACUCCAUCGCCGCCGCCAUCCAGGGUUGGGAUCAGACCGCCUCCAACGGCGCCAACCUGGCGUUCCCUGUGGCUCUGGGCAUCCCCGACUCAGCUGGCUCAUCGUGCGGCCCCGACGCCAACGCUGGCCUUUGCGCCAAGAACGGCUGGAUCAUCGGAUUCGUCAACUCGAUGCCCUACAUCACCAUCUGCCUCUUCUCCGGCUGGGUUUCUGACCCGCUCAACCACUUCCUCGGCCGCCGUGGCACCAUCUGGGUUGGUGCUGUUUUCUCCGUCCUCGCUCCCUUCGGUAUGGCCCUGUCGCAAACCUGGGGCCAGCUGGCUGCCUGCCGUAUGCUUCUCGGCAUCGGUAUGGGUCUGAAAGAAGUUACCGUUCCCGUCUUUUCUGCUGAGAAUGCUCCGACCAACAUUCGCGGAGGUCUCGUUAUGUCGUGGCAGGUGUGGACGGCUUUUGGUAUCUUCCUUGGCACCUGCGCCAAUCUUGCUGUCGGUAAGGUCGGCGACAUUGGCUGGCGUCUGCAGUUCGGCUCUGCCUUCAUCCCUGCCGUGCCUCUCGUUAUCGGUACCUUUUUCUGCCCUGAAUCGCCUCGUUGGUACCUCAAGAAGGGAAAGUACCUGCAGGCCUGGAACUCCCUGAUCCGUCUCCGCAACUCGAAGCUCCAGGCUGGCCGUGAUCUCUACUACAUUCAUGCUCUUCUGGUCCAGGAGGAGGUCAUGGUCCGUGAGGCUGGUCUGGACGUGAACAGCGGCAUGAUCACUCGUUUCAUCGAGCUCUUCACCAUCCCUCGUGUCCGCCGUGCUACCUGGGCUUCCGGUAUUGUCAUGAUUGCGCAGCAGAUGUGCGGUAUCAACAUCAUCUCUUUCUACAGCAGCACCAUCUUUGAACAGAGUGGAAUUAGCGCUUACACGGCUCUGUGGGCUUCCUUUGGCUUCGGUCUGAUCAACUUUAUCUUUGCUUGGCCUGCGGUGUUCACGAUGGACACCUGGGGUCGCCGCACGCUGCUGUUGUUCACCUUCCCGAACAUGUUCUGGACGCUUCUUACCGCUGGUCUGUGCUACCUGAUCAACGACAAGAACGCCCGUAUUGCCGCCGUCGCGACCUUUAUCUACCUCUUCGCCGCCUUCUACUCGCCCGGUGAAGGCCCCGUCCCCUUCAUGUACUCGGCUGAGGUGUUCCCCCUGUCGCAUCGUGAGAUUGGCAUGUCCUGGGCCGUUGCCACCAACAACUUCUGGGCGUCCAUCCUGUCCCUGACCCUGCCCCGCAUGCUUUCUGCUAUGAAGCCUGCUGGUGUCUUCGGUUUCUACGCGGGCUUGAACCUGGUCGCUUUGGCCUUGAUCUUCAUCGCGGUGCCCGAGACCAAGCAGAAGUCGCUUGAGGAGCUUGACUACAUCUUCGCCGUGCCCAACCGCGUUUUUGCCAAGUACCAGCUCAACACUGUCUUGCCAUGGUGGAUCAAGCGCUGGAUCUUCUGGGAGCGCACCGCCAAGUGUCCCGAUCUGUACCGCGACGAGAAUGACGAGCAGGUGGGCGAGAACUCCGCUUAA